AUGUGUGCUUUUACAGGGCAGGCGGAUGGGGCGAGCAGCCCAGCAAACACAGCAGGAAAAGCUGCUGGAGCAGCUGCCAGCCAGAGGCAGUUCCCGGUGAUGAGAAUCGAGGAGAACAGUCACAAGCCUAAUGAUUUCUCCAAGAACUUGCUGAAGCAGAUUGGAGGUGUUCCUCGUCUGCUAGAGAUGACAACCUGCUUCUACAGGAAGGUCAUGGCGAAUCCGCACCUGGAACCUUUCUUCGCUUCAACAGAGGUUUCUCACCAUGCGCCACGGCUGGCAAACUGGGUAGCGGAGAAGAUGGGUGCGCCGGAGAGGCCCUGGACACGCGAAAAAGGCAGCCGCAAGCAGAACGAGGCAGAGCUCAAGCAGCAAAUCCUGUACCCCAACCACAACGGUGAUUUGGAGCUCGAGGAUUUUCUUGUACAUGACCGUUCCUCAGCGCACUUUGCGGGCUGGCACUGCCCCAAGCGGGUUGGCUGCCCCAUGCACAAGGUUGGCGAUCACUUCAAGCUGGAUGAUAGCCGUGUCUGGAUGCGACUUCAUUUCUGGGCAUGUCGUGAGGUUGGUCUUAUUGGGCCAUCGAGCGGCGAGAGGACAAAGCUUCAGGUUGACUUCGAGAAUUUCUACACCCGCUUCAUUGGACAUUUCGUCCGGGUCUACGAGCGAAGCGCGCCUGCCUUCGCACGCGUGGAGUGCCAGUGGAGCGAUGAGUCCACUGCCGAGGGCAAGGCCAACGUCCAGCGCUACCGUGCCUUACAGCUUGAGACGCCGGACUACAUGGAGAAGAGGCUCCACGGAAUGGAUGAUGUUGUCGGUCUCCGUGAUCCUGCAGAGGCCCGAAGACGCGUCGCUGGUAUUCGGGAUGAUGGCUGGCCAUACUCUGACGACGGACUGUUUGUGCGAGAGGAGUAG